AUGCCACCCAAGGAGGCGCCAAAGCGCCGCAACUGGACUGCCGACGAGGACCUCAUGCUGCUUCGACAGCUGAACCUCGAGCGCCCGUUUCUUACGGAACAGUCUCUGGGCCCGGCCUUGCCGCGGUGGGAAGCGGUUGUCAAGAUCCUCAACGAGUGCGAAGACUUCGACCGCGACGUCGACGUCAAGAGGCUCCAGGGCCGUUUCCAACUUCUCCAAGAGAAGCACCGUAAGGCUAAUGCUGAAUCUAUGACUUUGUCUGGUGUCGAUGAGGACGAGUCGGAGACGACGAAGCUGCUCGACGAGAUUGUGGAGCUCGUCGACGGAAGCAUGCGGGCGGCACGUCUCGACCUUGGUGCCAUCGGGAAAGGCAAAGACAUUGAUCGUUGGGGCGCCGUGGCGGUGCACCACAUCAGCAUAGAGCUGUAA